GGUCAAUCCCCGUGAAUAAAGAGGAACCCAUCUUGGGGCAACUCUCCCUCCUUUCCUCUCUGUGUCGCCGUCUUCCUCUUGAGGUCUGAAGUUGCUUACAUGAAGUAUUUUAACUGUAUUCAUUCACUAAGGUAGCAUAUGACAGAUCUGUUCCAGUACAUCAGAGACUGAAAUUGACUCACUUAUUUUGUCAGAAAUGACAGAGAUCUUCAGUUACACGUCCUGCAGACAGUUAUCCCAGAUGUUUUUGGCCAUUAUCUUCUUUCAUAGUUCUGAAUACAUUCUAGCGGUUGCCAGUCAUGGGAAAUCAAAUGUUACUCUUAAGUCACUUCUGAUCAGCAAGAAUUAUCUUCUGGCAAUGAUAUUUUCAUUGCUUGAAUACUUUGUUGAAAUUUCUUCAUUUCCUGCAAUGAAGGAAUAUGGGUGGGUGAGUAACUUAGGCCUUGCCCUUGUCGUAAGUGGAGAACUCAUUCGGAAAAUGGCAAUUAUUACAGCUGGGCGUGCCUUCACACAUCUUAUCAAGAUUUGUAAGGAGGAGCAUCACAAGCUGAUUACUCAUGGAGUCUAUGGAUUUGUUCGUCAUCCGGGAUAUGCUGGUUUCUUCGUCUGGUCAGUUGGCACUCAGAUAAUGCUUUGUAAUCCCAUAUCAACGAUUGCAUUUGCUAUUGUUGUCUGGCGCUUCUUUGCAAACCGGAUACCAUAUGAAGAGUUUUUCUUGAGGCAGUUUUUUGGGUCGCAGUACGAGGAAUAUGCGUGGCGAACUCCUUCUGGGGUUCCAUUUGUGAAAUGGAGACCAGAAAGAGCUUGAGGCACACUUGCAUCCAUUUUUGGCCAUAGCUAAUUUAAAAUGCAUCUAAUCAAGGAAGCCAUAGGAAAACUGCAGUGUUGUUAUCUUGAGAUGAUCUGGAACUCAUUUAGAACCGAACUGAUUAUCUCUGUAUGAUAUGGCUUUGUCCUUGCUGCGAGCAACUAUCAAAUGGUAUCCCUUGGAAUGGAAGGUCUGCUGUGGGUUGUUUUGGGUAUUAAACCAUUUGCCAAAAGGUAUUUUUGCCGUGUUGAGUAUUGUAGUUGUCAAACAUUGGGUUAAUUUCAUAUAUGCUCACUCAACUUUAGACUAA